AUGCGUCUUUGCCGAUUUGUGUUGGUGCCGAUAGCACCUACCCUCCCUCCCGGUAUUCAUGUUCUCGCCUAUCUGCUGAUUUUCAAUACACUAAAAGGCAUCCACUUAUGCAUGGAAAGCAAUCGAGGCAUGCGUGCGCCAUACAUUUAUUUUUCCGGAAAAUUAUCUACAGAUAUAUAA